AUGACAUUUGCAGGGAACUGGCCAGUUUAUGCACGCCCUGUGUUGGAAAGCGCGGGCCAUGGAUAUGUUAUAUUCUAUAUGAUUUAUAUCACAUUCGUGGUGUUCGCAGUCAUUCGUGUUAUUUCCGCAAUUUUUCUGCGUGAAACUUUAGAAGCAGCCAACAAUGAUGCGGAAAUUCUCGUUCAAGAACGAUUGCGGAAGAAGGCUACUUACGUUCGGAAAUUGGAGAGUAUUUUCCGAGCUUGCGACGAAAGCGGAGAUGGUGUUCUGACUGAGGAUGAACUGAAUGAGUUGAUGCAAGAUAUUCGGGUACAAGUUUACUUGGAGAGCUUGGAAAUCGAUGUUCAUGAAAGCACUGCGCUUUUUCGUUUGUUGCAAAAUGGAGAUGGCGAAAUAACUUGUGAUGAUUUCAUCGAUGGAAUCCUUCGUUGCAAGGGUCCAGCUCGUGCUAUUGAUCA